AUGCCCAACCUCACAGCAAAAUGGCGCUCCAUCCACGAAUCCGACAUUCUGCGCCGCUCGUCUCAGAUCGUCUCCGUGGCAAAUAACCAAGUCUACAUUUUCGGAGGCGAGCUACGACCACGCGAGCCGCGAGAUAAUGAUAUCCAUAUCCUUUCGCUAGAAAACGACACCGCUCACCUAACAACCACCCCAUCGACCGCCCAAUCCCCCUCUCCAUCUCCACGAGUCGGAUCCGCAUCAACAACUCUAAACAACCAAAUCUAUCUUUUCUCCGGCCGGGGCGGAGUAGCAAUGGCGCCAAUCGAUGAGCAGGGCUCGCUAUGGAUGCUCGAUGCUACAUCAUCAAAAUGGACACUCGUCGCCCCGACUGAUUCAAGCCCUAUCCCCGCCGCGCGCAGCUACCACUGCAUGGCCAGCGACGGAAACGACACCCUCUAUCUGCACGCCGGAUGUCCCGAGAAAGGCCGCCUAUCCGAUCUUUGGGCAUUCAGUUUAUCCUCGAAGCAAUGGACCCAACUCGCAUCUGCGCCGGAUCCCGCGCGUGGUGGUACAUCCAUCGCGUUCGCGGAGGGAUUGCUGUACCGUAUGAAUGGUUUCGAUGGGGUGACCGAGCAGGGUGGUUCUGUGGAUAUUUAUGAUCCCGGAACGGACUCGUGGACGACGGUUAGUUAUACUCCCGACGGGGUUUCUGGACCGACGCCCCGCAGUGUUGGGGCUUUGCUUCCUGUUACUGUUGAUGGGAGAAAAUAUUUGGUUACGUUGUUUGGGGAGCGGGAUCCUAGUUCAUUGGGACAUCAAGGCGCGGGGAAGAUGCUGGAUGAUGUUUGGGCUUUUGAUCUUGGGGGUAAAGUCUGGGUUCAGGUUGAUGGGCAAGCUGACGCAGAGGGACACCGUCCUGCUGCUCGAGGCUGGUUUGAUGCUGAUAUUAUUAACGAGAAUAAGAUUAUUGUUCAAGGUGGGUUGGGGGAGAGUAAUGAGCGGUUGGGAGAUGUUUGGAGUCUUUAUUUCUCGUGA